AUCCAACGAAAAUUUACAAAUAUAAUAUCGAUUCGCUCGUCGCCGAUUUAUCUCACGACCCUUCGACUGCGCAUUUCCAAGAUUGAGAUAGAGUACCGACGCCCGAUCCUAUCUAUCGUCGUGCACGACUGUAGUCGCAUUGGAAGAUACACCAAGAUAAAUAAAUUAUUAGCUACAGAGGUUAACAAAAAUAUGUCUGAGGCAUACGAACGCGAGCGCCAGAACAACGCGCGUCUAGACGAGCUAUCCGCGAAGGUCUCGUCACUGCGCGGCGUGACGGUGGACAUCUACGACCACGCGAGAGCGCAGGACGUGAUCGAUAACACUUCCGAUACCUUUUCCUCCAUGUCCUCGCAGCUCAAGGGUUCCGCCGGCCGAUUGGGUCGCAUGGCGGCGUCGGGGAACAAAGUCGCCAUCCUAAAACUCUCGGGGAUCCUUAUCGGCGCCUUUCUGAUAAUAUACUACUUGCUCAAGUGGAUUUUCUGAACAAUUCGAUUACAUCCGCGAUUCGGUAUCUCGAUACGUCAGUCUGCGGACUACGAGAACAGAAA